AUGUGCCUUUUUGCUUCACUGCUACUUCAUAAACAGGAUAAGGGAUUUGAAGAUGCAAAGGCUGUCAUUGAAAGUCUGAAGAAUAAAGGCGUAUCUGCAAUUGGAGCUGCAGGCUUUUGCUGGGGUGCCAAGGUUGUGGUUGAACUCGCCCACAUUAAUGCUGGUGUGCUGUUGCAUCCUUCAUUUGUCACAGUUGAUGACAUAAAAGAGGUGAAGGCUCCUCUUGCUGUACUUGGAGCUGAGUUCGACCACCUUUCGCCACCAGCUCUAGUGAAACAGUUUGAAGAGGUCCUGGCUACUAAGCCUGAGUUUGAUGGAUUUGUAAAGAUAUUCCCUGGAGUUGCUCAUGGAUGGACAGUGAGGUACAAAGCUGAAGACGAAGCCGAGGUAAAAGCUGCAGAGGAGGCUCAUAACGACGCGUUGGAGUGGUUUGCUAAGCACGUCAAGUGAAUACAUAAGAAAACAUUCCACGAGUCCAGCGCGAGAUGGCCUCUCUGUCGUUUACCAUUUUAUCCUGCGUGCGCGAGGUGAGAGAUCGAUCGACUUCUGAACAUACCACGUCGUUGUUGCGUAAUAUCAGAGAUCUCGAGUGAUGGCGUAUGUUAUUGAGAUUAUCGAAUCUGGCUCUCAUUGUUCAUGUUAUUGAAUAUAGAGCAUCUCAUGGACAUUGUGCACCAGUGUUGUAUAAUCUCUAUAGCUUUGGCUCUCUCAGAUUUCUGCUGCUUCGUUUCUACCUCCUCCAUGCUGUUGGGCCGAAAUGAGGCUGUGUUACUUGGGCCGCCAGAAAGAAGACCGUGGGAUCCAGUUUUGGGAAGAGCCCAAACCAUCUUCCUUUCGUUUUCUGUUCCCGUCACCGUCGGUUCAUGUGAGGACGAAGAGAGGUCGGCAAAGUAGGGAACACGGUUAGCCAGCCACGUGUCACCGAUGGGAACAGCAAAUCUGAAGCUGUCAUUUUGAUUAGAAGAAGCGCACUUCUUCUCCAUCACUUGCUCUGCUUGCAUCCACACACGGCCAUAAGCGCGUCAGCGCGUCGAUUUUAAUUUCAGCAAGCUUUGAAAUGCAUUAUUGGAGUUUGUACCAAAAAAGUUUGUGAUAUAAUUAUAAUAUUUUAUGCUAAAAUCGUGAUUUGUAUCUUUGAAUAUAGCUAAUCAAUUUUGUUAUUAGU